ACCUCGAUAUCGGUUUGCUCGAUAUUCUGGUUAGCUCGAUGUAUUUUAGUCGGUCCCGAUUUUUCUCUAUAUAUUUUAAUGUUAUUAUUUAUCAUUACCUCGAUAUCAUUAGCUCGAUAUUUUGUUUAGCUCGAUGUGAUUUUUCAGUCCCGUCAUCUUACCUGUACUAUUUUUACACCUGGUUUAGUCGAUAUCGCAGCUUGUCAAAAAAUAUCCUUGUUAUUUGUAAGGUGUGAAAAUCAAGCUAUUGUUGUCCGGCGAUGUAAUAAUUAUAAUCAGGUUAGUUUGUAUGUUUGUUUUGUUUGUUAUUUAAUCUAUGGUCCAAUUUAAAUGUCAGCAAGUUUGCAUUUAAUUUCCAGUAAUUAGUCUUAUAAAACAGCGUGCAAGCGGGCAAGCUGUUUUCCAAUUUAACAAUUAAUUUGGACGAAAUAAAUUUUUGUUUGACGGAGUAAAAAUCUGCCAUUUAGGAUUGAGUAACAAUAUGCGUAUUUAACUGGAAAAUUUUCGAUAUCGAAGCACAGUCAAAAUGACUACUCAACAAGGAACACUACCACUGCAUUCAGACUUGUCUAGGGAAGGACCCGGUAACCAACCCGGGGGGAUACCUAGCAACUCUACCGAGCAUGUUGUUAAUGGGGAAGGACCCGGUAACCAACCCGGGGGGAUACCUAUGACUUCUGCUCAACGCAGUAAGAAAUCAGUAAAAAGAAAACUGGGAAAUUAUACACUCGAGACGAAAUACAAAGCAAUAAUAGCCGUUGAAGAAGGGAAAUCUUCAAAGACAAAAAUUGCCGCUGACUUUGAUAUUCCUCAGAACACACUAUCAACGUGGUUGAAAAAAGCAGCUGAUAUAAAGGAAAGCUACUUAAAUGGUGAAUAUGGUCCACAACGUAAGCGAAGUGGUCAUGCAAAGUUUCCGGAGGUAGAGGAAGCAGUAUUAAAAUGGUUCAAAAAUGCAAGAAACGAAAAUGUCCCUGUAUCUGGGCCAUUCCUGAUACAUAAAGCAAAUGAAUUCGCCCGUGCAUUAGGUAUGACCGAUUUUAAUUGCUCUACAGGCUGGCUAGAGCGAUUCAAGGAGAGGCAUGGUAUCACAUUUAAAAAGGUCUGUGGGGAGUCGAAGUCCGUUGACCUUACUUCUGAUAGAAUUCAAGAGUGGAACGAUCGUCUGAGCUCAAUCCUAAGAGAAUAUAGUCCGGAAAAUAUCUUUAAUGCCGAUGAAACUGGGUUGUUUUACCGUGCAUUGAGUGAUAAGACGUUAGAAUUUAAGAAUGUAGAUUGUCACGGGGGUAAACAGAGCAAAGAGCGUCUGACUGUUAUGGUGUGCGCAAACAUGUCCGGUUCCGAAAAAGUGAAAUUGCUCAUUAUUGGCAAGUCAGCAAAGCCACGGUGCUUCAAAAAUGUCAAAAAGCUGCCAACUGAUUAUAAAGCCAAUAAAAAGGCAUGGAUGGUAUCUGAAAUAUUUUCAGACUGGGUUUCCGAAUUCGACCGCAAAAUGCAUAGAAAAAAACGAAAAGUGGUGCUCAUAGUGGAUAAUUGCCCGGCACAUCCAAAUGUGCAAGGUCUUCAGGCUGUCCGAUUAGUUUUUCUGCCUCCAAACACAACCAGUGUCACACAACCAAUGGACCAAGGGGUUAUUCAGUCACUUAAAGUACAAUACAGAAAUUUAGUAAUGCAGCGGCAGUCCGAUUGUGUUGAUGAGAAGAAAACGUUUGUUCUGUCUGUUCUCGAUGCAAUGCGGCUAUUGCAUCAAGCCUGGGUCAAUGUUAAACAAACAACAAUUGCCAACUGCUUCCGUCGGGCCAAUUUUGUUCCGAAUGUACCAGAAACUGCUGACGACUGUGACUCAGACUCUGACCCUGACGACGAUGUGCCGUUAGGUCUUCUGCUGUGUGGUGGUGUAACUCUUUUGAGUUAUGCUGCCAUAGACGACCAUGUUCCUACAUCUGAAUCUGUCAGUGACGUAUCCAUCAUCAAAGAUAUCAUCAGCGUAAGAAAAACGGAGGAAAAAGAGGAAAGUGACGACGAAGAUGAAAACAGCGCGACUCAGAUAGAGAUUGUACCACCAACAAUGAAAAAAUCAAAAGACUCCCUAGAUACAUUACGAUGCCUAGUAGAAACAACGGAAAACGCACCAGACAAAUUCUUUCAAUAUCUUUCGGAGAUAGGAAACUUUAUUUCUAAAAUUGAGGGAAAAGGACAGUUCACCCGCCAAAGUGUUUUAACAGACUUCUACCACGAUACAUCACGUGACAGUCAGUGAAAAAAAUGCGAAAAAAGAAAAUGUCAGUGAAAAAAUGUGAAAAAAAGAGAAAAUAAAUGUGUGCUAAUGAUGACAUGUGAAGUUGUAUAUAAAGAAUUGGUGUGCAAUCGUUCAUAUUUCAACGAAAAAAAUAUCAAUAAAAAUGCUGAUGUUGACAUGUAUAUUUUAUAAAUUUAACAAGUUGUAUGUAUGUAUGUACUACUGAAUUAAGAUGUUUUAUUUGUCAAUAAAAUUAAGAUCAUAUUUACGUUUUUAUAUUAUUUCUUUCCCCUUUUAAACACUCUGAAAGAAGCAUGUAGUAUAAUGACAAUAUAGACGUCCUAAACAGAUACAAAAUGUAGUUCAAGAUAGUCGAUCGAUAUCGUUACGUCGAAGUUCGGAUACGUCGAUGCAAUUUUCGCGGUCCCUUGAAUAUCGAGGUAACGGUAU